AUGGCCCCCGUCCGCGCCGCCCUCGCGGCCGUGGCCGCGCUGGCGCCGCGCGCCGGCGCCGUGUCCCUGCGGGGCGUGGAGGCCGGCAGCCUGUCGCUGCCGCUGCAGCUGGAGUCGGGGCACGUGCCCCUCUUCGUGAAGUGGGAGGACUACCUCGGGGAGGACCUGAGCAACGUGAAUUUCGUGCAGGUGGGCGGUAAUUGUGGUACCAAUUUGCCCGAGUGUGCCGUAGGUGGCGACCCUAUUUGGGAGUACGCCACGCGCUUCGCCUGGAACGGCAUCGUGAUCGAGCCAGUGCCGCGCAUAUUCGAAAAGCUCAGUGAGAACUACAAGCCGUUCCCAAGCAUCAAGCCAGUGCACUGUCUGGUGAGCGACCACUCGGGAGCGGGCAAGAUCAUCGACCACUCCGAGAUUUCUCACGAGAUCAGCCUCUCGCGCAGGAACGGGGUGGAGGUGGAGACCUUUACCCUGGUGGACCUGUGGAAGAAGAAGUUCGGCAGCAACGAAAAGAAGGUCGACAUCCUGGUCGUCGACGCUGAGGGCAACGAGCCGAAGAUCCUUGGUGGCCCGAUCCCGGAGCCGCGCCCCCGCUUCGUGCUGUUCGAGAUCUCCAGCCUCAAGGCCGAGGAGCUCAAGUCCAUCGACGACAACCUCCACGGCCACGGCUACGAGCUCGUGGAGCAGCUGAAGCACCAGGACCCCCUCGGCAAGAACAUGCCGCCGCAGGACGCCCUGUACAGGCUGCUUCAGUGA